UUUGCCAAACACCAGCACACUCACUUGGCGGUGGCGUAUCGGUCACUUUGGACAGACCAUAAUCGGCUGAACCGACCGGAGGGGUUCGUUAGUAUCGAUUGGACUGUGGGGCUGACAAAUACGCGCGCUCGGAUUUGGACUAAUUCAACUUUUUGUUUCGUAAUGUCGAAAAUGUGAAAGCAUUUAAUUAUGCUCGAAACGCAGUGAAUGCAGAACGUUGUCGAUAUAGUAGAUCUAAGCUUGUGCACCGAAUAUCCUAGAAAAGCAGUUGUGACUCGAAUUGCUAGGACAAAAUGGUGUUUCCAAACUAUGGAGUGUUUAGGGCGUUCGCCAUAUUCGCCGGCAUUUUUGGAAUCUUUCAAUCCCUCAUAUGGAUUGGAUUUGCGAUUACCGGGAUAGUGGCGUAUUACUGCGAUAUGGAUUUCACCGGUCAGACAAAUACACUCGGAUCGUUGCUCACCUUGACUUUCUUCCAGCAGUAUUUUGAAGGAACAUGCGAAAUACAGAUUCCCUUUAUCGACAUGACGGCCGUUCGGGAACUGAAUCUUCUUUCACCGGGCGACCUGCACGCAUGGAUUUGGGUGUACCUAAUUCUGCACAUCUUCUGGGCGAUCAGCUCUCUCACACUACUCACAAAUGCUCGAAAAAAGUACGUCCGUUACAUAAACAUAUUUCUGUACAUUUGGAUUGCCUUUACCGUCACGAUAAGCGUCCUGGACUUGGCUCUGGGGAUUCAGUUUGCCGUGGACUAUGAUACCAUUAUUCAUGCCCUCUUUCUGCUUCCCUAUCCAGCGCUGACUCCAGCGGAUGAGGUCCUCGUGACGGCAGUGACCACUUCCGGUAUAAUGUUGGUGAUGGCAUUCCGUGGAUUCAUCAUAUGGGUCAUGAACGUCACAUUGGCGGUGUACUUGUUCACACAGACCUUUACAAUCUAUGACUUCAACCAGCUGCGGCGGAAGAGCGGCACGACGAAUGCAGCCUUCGUUGCGGAUAACGGCGGAAUGCGGCGGGCGCCAAUCGAUGCCUAUGACAUGGAUCCAUCCCAACAGUACGGCCAGGAAGAAAUCCGUCGACCGUACAAUCCACCGAUCAACUACCGUCGGCCGUUGGAUCGCAUUCCCGAACAACCGAGGGAAACCGUGAUCAUCGAACGACCUAUACAGCAACAUCAAGAGUAUCAGAGUCAACCUCGAACGUACACACCGCAACCGAACACGUCCGUAACUCGAACCUUCGAACCUCUCACCAGGCAACCUUCCGUGGAACCGGAAGAGAUCCGACCGGACCCACCGAAACCCAUUCCCCCGCCUCCGCCACCGAAGAACUUCAACUUCAACACAGUAGUCCGGCGGGAUGCCGCCGCAGCAAAGGUCGCUCAAGAGCUGAACUACCGGAACAGCUUUAACGUGGCCAACGGUAACAUCGGACCGAGUAAUGGCUUGCGAUCAUUUGCGCCUGUUGCUCCACCUCCUGCCAACGACGCGGAUCUCCCGACGCCCAACUACAGUCCACCGAUGCCGAGGGUAAACCCCUUCGAGAAUCGUCCUCCGUUGCGAUCAGUUCUGAGAAACUCUAGGUUCCAGUAACGUCGUGGUCGUCGUUGGCUAGACGGCAGCCUGUCGAAUGUAACAAACUCGUUUAUAUAUUUUUAUUAGUAGUUGUUAAUAAAGAAAGA